AUGUUUGCCAGGAGCUGUGGAUUGCAAGGCCUCCGCAGCUGCAGUCGGACGACCAGAGCUUGCAUUCAGCGCAGCCCGCCAACGAAGUUCGUCUCCAGACGCUUUUCCUCGUCCUCGUCGUCGGCUUUCAGCAAUGUCCCUGCUCCGACAACACACCCUCUCGCCGGAGUGGCCACCCAGCUUGAUCAUGUCGCCCCUCGAUUCGAGAUAGACCCCGACAAAAUCCAGAUCCUCGACUCUCCCACCGCUUUCUAUGAUACCCUGAAGGUCAAGAUUAGAGGAGCGAAACGGCGGAUAUACCUGUCUACAUUGUACAUUGGCAAAACCGAGCACGAGCUCAUCGAGACCCUCAGGGAAGCGCUCGAGAAUAAUCCGAACCUCGAGGUUUCGAUCCUCACUGAUGCACUUCGAGGAACUCGGGAGGAUCCUAAUCCAUCAUGCGGCACCCUCCUGGCACCGUUGGCCGUCCAAUUCCCCGACCGCGUUCACAUCUCCAUGUUCCAUACCCCAAAUCUGAAUGGAUGGAAGAAGAAGUACAUGCCCAAGCGGAUAAACGAGGGAUGGGGCUUGCAACAUAUGAAACUCUAUGGCUUUGACGAUGAAAUAAUGCUCUCAGGUGCCAAUUUAUCCAAUGACUACUUUACCAACCGUCUUGACCGGUACCACCUUUUCUCUUCCAAAGAGCUCACCGAUUUUUAUGGCGCUAUUCACGAGGCUGUCUGCGAUCUGUCCUACCACCUGGUUCCGUCCGAGGAGCGUCCCGGCGGCUUCGAACUGUUGAGUCCUCAUGAACGAGGGUACCCCGACCCUUUAUGGCAUACCAAAAGAUUCAAGGCAUAUGCCAAAGAAAUCCUCGAACCAUUGAUACACAAAAAAGCCAGACAAAAGAUGUUCCCUGUCGAGUUCACGCAGCAAAAGACCUUCGUCUAUCCGCUGGCCCAGUUCGACAUCCUCCUUGGAGCGCCCAAGAACAUUGGCCUCCUCGAUUAUGAGUUUGCACAAUAUACCUCCACGGAGAAGCCUGCAAUAACUAAGCUGCUCACGAACCUUGCGGAGGAUGAGCGAUUACACAAGUCAACCUGGACAUUCACGGCGGGAUAUUUUAAUAUCGACCCAGACAUCUGCAAGCUCCUCAUCGCAGCCGCUCCGGACGGCCCGUCCGCAGUACAACCAGGCCUCAAAGCUUUCGAAAAGGCAUGCACGGUGAUAACUGCCUCACCGUGGGCCAACGGCUUCUACGGCAGCCCUGGAGUAAGCGGUAUGCUACCGGCGGCGUACACUUUGCUUUCUCGACGCUUCCUGCGCAUCGUGUCCAAUGCUGGUAAAGGAGAUGUUAUUCAACUGAAGGAGUGGAGAAGGGGCACAGUCGGUGAACCUGGAGGAAUGACCUACCAUGCAAAAGGCCUUUGGGUCACUCUCCCGCCUCAUUUGGACGCUGAAGGUCAGGUUGCCGAAGAGCCUGGACCGAGCAUUACAGUGGUGGGGAGCAGCAACUACACGAAAAGAAGUUACAGCCUUGACCUGGAAAUCGGGGCGAUGAUCAUGACCGGCGAUGAAGGCCUCAAGCGCAGACUGAAAGAAGAGACGAAAAACCUCCAGAGAGAUGCGACGGUCGUAACGCAGGAUGAUCUCGCAAAGAUUGACAGAAGGGUAGGCUUGAAGGUGCGGCUGGCCCUUUGGCUAGUUGAGGCCUUGGGAGGAGCUCUGUGA